UAAAAUAGAUUAAAAUAAAUUAUCGUUCCGUCUAAAUAUGAUUAUUUCGAGUCAUAAACAUAAAACGAAACCUUUCAUUGUAUAACACUAUCUAAAUCUUAAUUCUACAUAACACAUAUAAAAUGAAACCAACGACCGGUGAAACCAUUAGAGCAUGGUUAUUGUCUGCUCUAAUGGUACAUGGAGCCGUUGCCGGAAAUCCGGAUGCCAAGCGUCUAUAUGACGACCUUCUGAGUAACUACAAUAAGCUGGUCAGACCGGUGGUCAAUACAACAGAUGUUCUUAAAGUUUGCAUAAAAUUGAAAUUAUCUCAAUUAAUUGACGUGAAUCUUAAGAAUCAGAUAAUGACAACUAAUUUGUGGGUAGAGCAGUCUUGGUAUGAUUACAAACUAAGAUGGGAACCAAAGGAAUACGGAGGGGUACAUAUGCUUCAUGUGCCAUCUGAUCAUAUUUGGCGGCCGGACAUUGUACUUUAUAAUAAUGCCGACGGCAACUUUGAGGUGACACUUGCGACAAAAGCAACAAUUUACUCUGAGGGAUUAGUUGAAUGGAAACCGCCGGCAAUUUACAAAUCAUCCUGCGAAAUAGAUGUAGAGUACUUCCCCUUUGACGAACAGACUUGUGUCUUAAAAUUUGGAAGUUGGACAUAUGAUGGGUUCAAGGUUGAUUUACGACAUAUGGAUGAACAGCAAGGAAGUAAUAUAGUCGAUGUGGGAGUAGAUCUCUCCGAGUUCUAUAUGUCGGUCGAAUGGGAUAUCUUGGAAGUACCGGCAGUAAGAAAUGAAAAAUUUUACACAUGUUGUGACGAGCCGUACCUAGAUAUAACAUUUAAUAUAACUAUGCGUCGUAAAACUCUCUUCUACACGGUGAACAUUAUUAUUCCAUGUAUGGGUAUCUCAUUCCUCACAGUCCUUACAUUUUAUCUGCCAUCCGACAGUGGAGAGAAGGUUACACUAUCCAUUUCAAUUCUUAUUAGUCUCCACGUGUUCUUUUUACUAGUAGUGGAAAUUAUACCGCCCACAUCAUUGGUAGUGCCUCUACUAGGCAAAUAUUUAAUAUUUGCUAUGAUAUUGGUAUCUAUAAGCAUCUGUGUUACUGUUGUGGUUUUAAACGUACACUUUCGGUCACCACAGACACAUCGAAUGGCCCCUUGGGUGAAAAACGUGUUCAUAGAUUAUCUACCGAAAUUUCUUUUCAUAAAAAGACCUAAAUAUAGUUUUGAAACAAGUAAACUCUUAUUUAAAGACUCCCACGCUUGUUUCUAUCCAUACUUUCCAUCAACAAACAUUGAUCACAGCAAUUCUGUACACAGUCGAACACCAUCUAAGGAGGACUUGUCUCCAUCAAGUCUCACCGGAAGUGGUCCAUUCGGCGGCAGCUGUCAAAUACACGGCCCUAUUCCACCUCUAACACAAUCUGAAUCUGAUGAUAUGACUGCAGUUCCUGAUUUAGAAGUAGGACCAUCUGGUAUUAAGAGUCCUAUUUUAACUAAUCCAGCAUUUUCACACUCAAAAUGUCCACCAAGAGUUCAUCGCAGUUGUUUUUGUGUACAAUUUAUAGCAGAGCAUACAAAAAUGCAAGAAGAUUCAACAAAGGUCAAAGAAGAUUGGAAAUACGUGGCCAUGGUUUUGGAUAGACUAUUUUUAUGGAUUUUUACCUUGGCCGUAUUAGCUGGAACAGCUGGCAUAAUUCUUCAAGCACCAACACUCUAUGAUGAUCGUAUUCCAAUUAUAGAGCAAAAAGACAUUGAUUUUUCAGGAACUUCUGCAGGUCGAUGUCGGCCUCCGCAAUAGCAGCCUCCCAUAAGAUCAAAAUACGUUUACUAAGUCGAAACAAUACUUACAAUGAAUUAUCAAACGAAGAUUAAUAUUACAACAAAACUCGGU